AUGGUGAACACUAAACAGGCUCUCGCCUUUCUAGGCAGUGCCUCUUGUGCUAUAGCCCAGCCUUCAUACGUGUCUCAUCCUGAAAGAGCCGAUGCUGUUAAGGCGGCGUUCCAACGUUCUUGGGAUGGCUACUACCAAUAUGCGUUCCCUAACGACACUUUAAGGCCUAUCUCAAAGACAUACCAAAAUGAUCGAAAUGGAUGGGGAGCCAGCGCGGUUGAUGCCAUCUCUACGGCUCUCGUAAUGGAAAAUGGAGAUGUGAUCAAUGCUAUUGUAGACCAUAUCCAGUCCAUUAACUUUAAUGCUACUGCUCCCGGCUCAGAAAGUGUCUCUGUAUUUGAAACUACUAUCCGCUACUUGGGCGGUCUCCUCUCAGCAUACGAUUUUCUGAAUGGUCCUCUAAAGCAAUACGCAAAGGAUCAAUCUUCGAUUGACAAAAUUCUUCAGCAAGCAAUUAAUCUAGCUGAUAUCCUCAGCGUGACUUUCGACACCCCUAGCGGAGUUCCUAUAAACACACUAAUCUACAGCUCAGAUGGGUAUCACGUCGGUAGUGAUACCACCAAUGGUAUUGCCACUAUUGGAACUUUGGUACUGGAGUGGACUCACUUGAGUGACAUCACGGGAGAUGAUAAAUAUGCAAAGUUAACACAGGUCGCUGAGGACUACCUUCUCAACGUACGUAAUCCAGAUGUAGGCGAGCCGUAUCCUGGAUUGAUCGGAACCAAUGUCAAAGUUUCCGAUGGCACCUUCGCAGACUCCAGCGGUGGCUGGAAUGGCGGCACGGAUUCAUUCUACGAGUAUCUCAUCAAGAUGUAUGUCUACGACCAAGACCGCUUCGGCGUUUAUAAAGAUCGAUGGAUUGCCGCCGCCGACUCUAGCAUCGAGUAUCUAGCAUCUAACCCGACCAGUCGCCCCGAUAUGACAUUCCUUGCUGCCUACGGUGGAUAUGACCAGCUAGAAUUUGUGUCAACUCAUCUUGCGUGCUUCGACGGAGGCAGCUUCAUUCUCGGCGGCUUAACCCUCGACAAUGAUAAGUACACCAAAUUCGGACUCGAACUUGUGAAUGCCUGUCACGAGACCUACCUUGCGACCGUCACCGGUAUUGGACCGGAAGUUUUCUACUGGCAAGACAGCAAUGUAGCAACCAAUGCUAGUAAUAAUGGCCCGCCCCCACAGGAUUCCGCUAGCUUCUAUGAGACUGCUGGCUUCUGGAUCCCAUCCGGCGGCGGGAGUUACGUGCUGCGGCCCGAGGUCGUCGAAAGCUUCUACUACGCGUACCGCGCGACUGGAGAUACCAAGUACCAGGAUUGGGCUUGGGAGGCGUUCCAAAACAUCAAUAAGACAUGCAGCGCAGGUGUCGGAUACAGCUCCAUCCAGAACGUGAAUGCCGAAGGUGGCGGUGGAUUCGACGAUUUCCAGGAGAGCUUCUGGUUCGCCGAGGUCCUGAAGUAUAGUUACUUAAUCCAGGCGGACGACGCGGCGUGGCAGGUCAAUGCUGGCCACGACAACACGUGGGUUUUCAACACGGAAGCGCACCCUUUCCUAGUUAAAGGCCAACCAAUCUAG